UGCUCUCGCCUCACCUCUCCCCCCUCCUCCUGGCCGCCGCCACGCCCUGGGCUCCAACGCAAUUGUCGACCCUGCUGGAGUGCCAGGUGGUGUGGAAGCAGCGGUUCCGCGGGUGGUCUGCAGGGGCUGACUGCCGCGAUGCUGUGUACCUCACCUGCGACGACAACGGCAUGGUCACCACCAUGAACAUUCAAGGCGGAGUGGACCUGCAUGGCGGCCCUCUGCCCGCCUCCAUUGGCAAGUUAGCUCGGAUCAAUGAGCUCUCUCUCAUCACUGCUAACCUCACAGGCACCAUCCCCACCACCGUAGGCCUGCUCGCACGCCUUACCACCCUGCAGCUGAACGGCAACGAGUUCACAGGGCCCAUUCCGCCCACCAUAACCCGCCUCAAUGGCCUAAUUUACCUAGACCUAUCCAGGAACAACCUGACAGGAGGCGUCCCCCCUCUGAUAGGCCGCCUAGCUCGUCUCAUCUCGCUGAAGCUCCAGGCCAAUAAUCUAACAGGGAGUAUCCCCCCUUCCACUGUCAGCAUAGCGAGCCUUCAAGAGCUGGAUCUAGGAGCCAACCACCUGAGAGGUGCCAUUCCCCAGACGAUUGGGAACCUCAACGCCCUCUCUCUGCUGAGCCUCGGGAGGAACAAUCUGACAGGCGGCAUUCCUUGGAGCAUCUCCAGCCUCAUCAACCUUGAGAUCCUAUCGCUGCAGAGCAACCAGCUCUCAGGCCCUAUCCCUAACAGUAUUGGUCGCCUGACGAACCUCAAGCGCCUAAACAUGUCUGUCAACGGCCUCACUGGCAUGUUACCUCCCAGCCUUGGCUUGCUUGCUAGCCUUCAAGAACUCUACCUGUUCAGCAACCGUAUAGGAGGUGGCCUGCCUCCUGCUCUUGGACAGCUCUACUCUCUCACUGCCCUGGACGCACACAGCAACGAUCUGACAGGGCCGCUUCCUGCCAGUCUGGGAGACCUUGUUGGCCUUGUCACUCUGGAUCUCCAUGGCAACAAUCUGACGGAAGGCAUUCCGCCAUCAAUCACCAGCAACAGCUACCUGCAAUCCCUCGACCUAAGCUUUAACAAGCUCUCCGGCCCCCUACCGUCCAAUCUCAGCAACCUCAUCUCGCUCACUAGUCUUGUCGUUGCAGACAACAAGUUCAGUGGGAGCGUUCCCGUUUCUCUCACCGAAUUGGCCGAAAUCAACACCAUAGACAUCUCUCGCAACAGCAUCACCGGAACGCUCCCUCCUGGUCUCGGUGCUCUCAUCACCCUCACCAACUUCACGUUUGAUGGCGAACUGGUCACGUGUCCCAACUACUUCUCUCAGACUGACUGUGUGGUGCAGCAGUACCCGCAGAGCACUUUCUGUAGAACCUGUCCAUCCUUCUGCGACGGCUGCCUCUCCGCACCGCCUCCUCCCCCCUUGCUCCCCCGCCGCCUCCCCCCAUCGCAUCCCCCCCUCCUCCUCCUCCUGCCCCUCCUCCUCCUGCCCCUCCUCCUCCCCCUCCACCUUCUCCCCCACCUCCCCCACCCCCGUCCCCAUCCCCACCUCCUCCUCCCGCUCCUGAGGCUGCAGGGGGGUUGUCAGCAGCAGCGGUGGUGGGAAUUUCGGUGGCAGCAGCAGUGGCAGUGCUGGGGUGUGGCUGCCUGGGCUUCGUUCUCCUCUUCCUCUUCAGGACCAAGAAGUCACGCAGAGGCUCAGCCGUGCGUGUACCCAGCAGUGCUGUCCCGCAGGUGUGUCUGCAGUAUUCCCUGGAGGAGGUUACGCGGGCCACGUCCGACUGGGCAGUGGCCAACAAGAUUGGCAGCGGGGGGUUUGGGGACGUGUUUCGAGGGGUGGACCCCUACAACCCGGCCAUUCCCUGGGCCGUCAAACGGGCCAGAGUGCUCACCAAUGACUUCCGACGAGAGGUGAACGAGAUGGCGACGAAGCACCACCCGCACCUGGUGCGGCUGCUGGGGUUCUGCAUCGAUGGCGACGCGGCGUCGGAGAACAUCGAGCAGAUUGUCAUCUACGAGUUCAUGCCCAACGGCGACCUCUCUAAGCGGCUCAGUGCUGAGGACCCUUUGACUCUGAAGCAGCGGCUGGAGAUUCUGAUAGGCGUGGCGCGCGGCCUGGAGUACCUGCACAGCUUUGGCAUUGUGCACCGGGACAUCAAGCCUGCCAACAUCCUGCUGGAUGCCAACAUGCAGUCGAAGAUAGCUGAUUUCGGCUUGGUGAGAAUGGGUGAGGGAACUCAGCUGCACUCCACGCGAGUGCUUGGCACGCCAGGCUAUGUGGACCCCGCUUACUCCCAGUCUCAGAAGGCUCCCACCACCGCUGACGUGCACAGUUUUGGCGUGCUUGCCCUGGAGCUCCUAACCAACCGCAACGCAGUGUUCGUGGUGGAGGGGGGUCAGCAGGUGAACAUCCGCGAGUGGACGCAGAAGAAGCUCGCCACCAAGCGCAUCGCCGACAUCUGCGACCCGCGCAUUCAAGCCCCCGAGGCCCUCGUGCGCCGCCUCGCCGAGCUCGCCGCAUCCUGCACCGCCAUGCCCACCGCGUCCCGCCCCACCAUGGCCAAGGUCGCCAGUGAACUAGAGGCGCUGAAAGACGAGUUUGUAGGGCAUGAGGUGAACCGCGCUGCGCGGAAUAUCGACGAGCAGAUCCACUCGGCGUCCACCUUGCACCGGCCGCUGGACGAGGAGCUGGACCGGAUAUCCAACAUGACGCCCAGCAGCGGGCCCGCGAGCACGCUGCGGGACGGCAGUGGGAUCGUGCCGGUUAGUGGCAGCACUCACGAGGAUGAGUCGCUGUGCGGGAACGUGUCACAGACUGCUGGGAGAGGUGACUUCUGAGGCAAUCAAAAUCUGCUGGUUAGUGGGUGCACUCACAAGGAUGAGUCGCUGCUGGGGAACGUCUCAUAGGCCGCUGGGUGAGAGCAGCUGGAACUUGAAACAGAUUCGGAUAUUGGAGCCUGAUGACUGGUGGUGUCUAUCCAACCUAAGUUGCAUGUCUCUUACAAAUAUAUGUUGACACACCCCCUAGGCUGGACAAGGGGCAGGGCCUAGCAAGAGACAUGCAACUUAGGUUGGCACUACUAGUCCAACCUCUGAGGUAAGGGUCCGAAGAUCAGUCAGAAGAGUACAAACUAGACAAGAGAAGACUGUCAAACAUAUCCUUGUAUGUUGUUAUAGGCUACAUAGGGUUGUGCCUUAGAGAGUCCAACCCACUAGGUUAUAUUCCCUUGUAUGCCAUGGUUCUAGUCAU